AUGCUUCAAAGGCGAUUCCGACCUGAAAGUCAUCUGAAGCAUUUCAAGAGCCUUAUGAUCCUCUACAAAGCUGAAGACGCGCUAAUGUGCAAGGUGUUUGCAAUGACUUUGCGAGGAGCAGCUCAAGAUUGGUUCCAUACCCUGCCAUCCGGGUCGAUCAACAGCUUCAAGGAGCUUACUUACGUCUUCACUAAAGAAUACACUUCUUAUCGGACGAUCAAGAAGAACCCUGACCAUCUGUUUAACCUGCGCAAGAAGCCCGAGGAAUCCCUUCGAGAUUACAUCAAGAGGUUCAAAGCAGAAAAGGCCAACAUCGUAGGGUGCGAUGACCAAAUCGCAUCCUCUGCAUUCAAGAAAGGUCUUCCAGCAGAACAUGACUUAUACCGCGAGCUGACUAUCACUCCCAGCCAGACUCUGGCAGAGGUCUUCGCGACCGCAGAACGCUACGCACUCUGGGAUGACGAUCGAAUCACCGCGAAAAAGUCCACUGAGCAGGAAGAUCGACCGGCCAAACGGGCAGAACAAAGAGGCGACAGGCUUGGCAGCAGGGACAAAGACAAAGGCAGGUCACGCCCACAAAGAGAGGCCACGACGAAAGAGAACUACACCAAGUUCUCUAUCCCCAUACAUCAAAUUCUAGCCCAAGUGAAGAACAAACCUUGGGUAAAAAGACCGCCACCCUUGAAAGGAGAUCCGGACAAGAGGGAUACCAGAAAAUAUUGUGCCUUCCAUGCGACACAUGGGCACAAUACGAAUAAUUGCUUUGCUUGGAAAGCGCAUCUCGAAGAACUCGUAAGAGAAGGUCAUUGCACGGAGUUCAUCGCGAAGCAAGCCAUCCAGCAGAUAGAAGACCGCGAUACCGCCAAGGAGCCACCGUAG